GUGGGCCAGUGUGUGGCGGCCUGAGCUCUGCCGCUGGCGCGGCGGUCUCGGCCGGUCGUGGUGCGGGACUUCCCGAGCAACGCCUUGCGGGCCAAGGCGAUCCGGGAGGCUCAGGCAUGUAACUGACUUUCGCCUCUUGGACCCGCUGAAGUUACUGAAAGUUACACUAUAUCUGAGGUUACAGUCCAUCAUCAGGGGAGGGAACUCAAGGAGGAACUGAAGUAGAAACCACAGGGGAAUGGUAUCUCGUGACACUCCCCGGCUUAGAUUUAGCCAGUUAGCUUUCUUCCGCAACCCAGGAGCCCGAGAAUAGCACCGGCCACAGUGCUGUUAGCAGGUGGCAGUGUGAAUAGAGGAGGCACUGAGACUCGUGCCCUCACCCGUCAGGACCCAGAACGCUAGAAAUGGAGCAGCCGUACAUGCUGCGCAGCGGAGAGCCCAGUCCAGCCCACGACGAGGACGCCGAGCUCAUCUUUGUAGGGGUUGAACAUGGACGUCACGACCCCGAACUGAUCUUCGUUGGAACGAGUUCAAGUUCAAAACCUGCUAAUUCGAACAUUUUGAACAGGGUCACCCCAGGUUCACGGUUGAAAAGAAAACGAAAUUGCCUGACAACAGCUACUCCUCCGAGACAGCUGCCCUCAGGUCCUGCAGCCCCCAGCUCGGACACAGUGAUUGUCUUGCCGGAAUCUCCGGCUGAGUCAAGGUCAACAGAUAGUCCUAUUAUUAUCGACCCUUUGUCCGAACCUGAUUAUAGAAGUAAUUCACCACAGAUUGUGCCUGAAAGCUCCUCAGAGGGUUCCCCUUUGGUUAUAAUCUCCAGUUCGAAGCCUCGUCCAGUAAGGGCAGCACUUUCAGCAGGAGAUUUAAAUGAGAGCUCUUAUGUAUCGAAGUGCCAUUCUUCUGAAGUCACUGUCAUAAAUCCGCAGAGGCCUGAAAUUAUUGAAAUUGAAGAAGAACAUUCAUCAGCAUCGUCAACUUCGGGUACUUUCUAUACCCUGAGUCCCCAGCCGAGUCCAUGCUCCAGAGAUGUUCCCAGACCUCUUAACCACAUUGUGAAUGGAGCACCGAUUCCAGUCCUCUACGUCAGUCCUGCAAACGCACACCCUCGCCAGGAGAAAGGACCGACAGGAGUGGGCUUUUCAAGUCUAGCCCGUCUAGAGACCUUGGAUCCCAGGAAGGGAAGUUUGACCUUGUUACUUAGUGACUUUUAUUAUGGACAGCAUAGAGGAGACGGGCAGCCAGAGCAGAAGACGCACACGACCUUCAAAUGCCCUGAGUGCUUGAAAGCGCUAAAAAAUGUCAAGUUUAUGAAUCAUGCCAAACAUCACUUGGAACUCGAGAGGCAAGGGAACGAUGGCUGGGAGACCCACACCACCUGCCAGCACUGCCACCGCCAGUUCCCCUCCCCCUUCCAGCUGGAGUGUCACGUUGACCGUGUGCACACCGCCCCCGACCCCACUACCGUCUGCAGAAUCUGUGACUUGUCGUUUGAGACAGACCACGUUCUGCUACAGCACAUGAAGGACAAUCAUAAGCCCGGGGAGAUGCCCUACGUGUGCCAGAUCUGUAACUACAGGUCGUCCGCCUUUGCCGACGUGGAGACACAUUUUAGGAAGUGCCAUGUUAACACUAAGAACCUACUGUGUCCGUUUUGUCUUAAGGUCUUCAAAACUGCCGCGCCGUACAUGUGUCACUACAGGGGCCACUGGGAAAGGAGCGGUCACCAGUGUUCCAAGUGUCGGUUGCAGUUUUUAACCUUCAAGGAGAAAAUGGAGCAUAAGACGCGGUGUCAUCAAACGUUUAAGAAGCCUCAGCAGCUAGAAGGGCUGCCUCCUGAUACCAAGGUUGUCAUUCAGGUGUCUAUGGAGCCUGCGCAAUCAGAAUCUGUGAAAGUAGCGUCGAUCACUGUGAGCACAACCGACUGGGAGCCGUCUUCCCCCGGAUCUCAGGGUCGACCUUCCCAAAGGUCCCACUGAUCUGAGUCAGCACCCAGAACCCCUCCUAGAGAUGAGAGUGCAAGCUAUACAUUUGUUAUUCAUAAGGGAACUUUUUUUUUUUUUUUAAAAAUUGUGAUAAUGCAGGGUUUUUGUUUGUUCAUUUGUUUUUAUUUUGUGAGGGUUUAUUUUGUCCUGUUUUAGUGCUGGGGCUGGGUCCAGGGCCUCACAAAUAAUAAGCAAGUUCUCUGUCGCCCCAUUCUCCGACCUGCAGUGUUUACUGAAUGAGCAGUGAGUGUUAUUUUUUUUUUAAGAUUGUUUGGCUCAACACAAGGAAGGUGCUUAUGCCUGUAUCCUCGUGAAUGGGAAACAGAAGUUAAACCUAUUUGUUAGUAUUUUUAUGUAACUCCUAAGCUUGAGAGCUCUUCUGCCUAAAAGUGUGGUGUUUGGUGGGGCUCACACGGCUUCACCUCUCCAUGAAGAUCUAUAUAUAGGUAGUUAAUGCUUGCUGCAGGAGGGAGAGGCUUAGCAUGGGUAAGUGGAUGGGCAUACGUUCAUUCCAGUCUUGGAGCCAAAGAUUAAGAGUACUGCCUGAAUGUCCUUACCGAAGAGAAGAUCCAAGGAGGCCAAACCAUUCUUGUAAAAUGUCCAUGUUUUGUAAAAGGCCCUUACGAACAUUAAAAACACAGCAGUGUGUCCUUAGUGCCACCUGAAGUAGCAAGAAUGGGACCCGGUGUCCACGGAGUUCCUGUUGCCUGAUACUUUAAGGUAGUGAGAUUCAUGCCCUCUCUUCUCCCGUCUGGCUAGCUGCGUUUAAAGAAUGAACUGACCAGAGCAGUUAAGUGCAUUGUCUUUUUCCCAGGGAAAGAAGCCUUGGCCUUUGUUGUUUGAAGUGUAUUGAACCUUAGUUUUAAUUAAAAAGGUUCAGAAAAAUGGCAUCUGUCCGGUUUGCGACCUGGACUGAAGUAAAGUUUAGUUCUCAACUGUAGUAGGGACUUGCCCAGUGAUACUGGACAUAGCACAAAGAAAUAGCCCAGGGCGACUAGGAUUUAUGCCCAUGGUGGAGCCUUUUCACUACGUUUUUCAGCGUAUGUAUAGCUUAUGGUUAUUGACCAUGUGAAGCGUGAGUGUGGUGAUGUGGUGCUUUUUUGUCCCCACCUGGUGCUAGGGAUUAAACCCAGGGCCUUACGUGUACCAGGCAAGGGCUCUGCCACUGAACUAGAUCCCUAGUCCCAGUUUGUGUCUUGCCUCAUAUUUGAGUGAUUAUAAUGACGUGCGUUCCUUUUGUUGUGUGUGUAAUUUCCCAGUUGAUCACGCUAAUAUUGCUUGGGUCUUACUUGAAGCACUUGGGUGUGCAAGAUACGUCCUAAAUGAAGAAGACUGUAUCAUACGACUCAGCUGGUCACUAGGAGGAACAAGUAGGGCACCCUCUGAGGACUGCAGCUUCAGCAGUCUUAGCCGUUUCUGUAGAAGUUUCCAGGGCUGUCUCCAGCCUGGUCCGGGGCCGCCUACUGUUCCUCCAUGUCUAGCCCAGGUGCCCAGCUGCUGCUUUUUAUCGGUCAAGGAGUCUGGAUGCACGCUGGUUAUAAACAUGGGUCUGGAAAAAUCUCCUGAGUCUCCCCUUUUUCUUUAAAAGUACCUUUUCUUGCUGGGUGUGGUAGCACACACUGGUGGCCUGCUCUUGGGGGCCUGGGGCAGAAGGGUCAGCCUGGGCCGUUCAGCAAGUUCCUGGCCCAGCUAACUACACAGCAAGACCCUGUCCCUUAGAGCCAAAAGGAAGAAAGGGGCAGUGGGGAUGGGUACUUUAGUUGCCCCUAGUUCCUCUUCCCUCCUCAGUCUACAGAAGUUUCCUUAGAUUUCAUGGAAAACUGGGAAGAGGCCAUCACCAGGCCCCGGCAUCUCUGUUACGAUUGAGGGAGAUGAGAGGUUGCUCGUAUCUUUUGGUGUCUUGAUUUCCUCGUGCUUCACCUAUGGAUUGAUUGUGGUCUGCAUCUUGACUAUUUUGAUAGGCCCUUUGAAUGAGUUUUCUUGGGCCAAGGCACACUAACUUUUUACCCCGUCCCUUUCCUUUAGAUGUGGAAAGGGUUGUUUGUCCUACUGUGCUUGAAUGAAUCUGCAGACUUGUGUGCUGUCUGUGGUAAAAAAAAAAAUAAGAACCACCUCAGACCCAUCUUUAGUGAGCGCUUAGUGUCGCCAGCACCUUGGCUAUCCUUUGCUAUUUCACUUAAGCAUGCUCCUAAGGAGUAUGGAUUGUUGUUUACUGCUCAAGGAGGCCCCAGGGCUCUGGCCGGGAGCCGGCCCCAGAGCCUGCCCUGCCUCCCAUCUGCUGCCCCUUCCCAGCAUCUCCCCGCUGCUGCACUAUUCUGACCUAUUGUAUUGGCCUUAUUCCUCAGAUUCCCGUUUCUUCUCGUUUCUUCCCUAUGCAAAGACUGCACAGGCUUCCUCAGUGCUCUCCCCUAGGCCUGCAUGGCUUGCUACCUCACGCGUGGUUUAUCGAGCUUGUCGAGGUUUUUAGAGGACUAGAAACUUCGCCCGCUUUUGAAGUCCUGUUUAUCCCUUCUUUUUGAAGGCAACUUACCUCUUGCUGCAACUCUCUUCCCUCUGCAAUCUAGCUAAGUUUCCUAGUCACAGAACUUCAGGAAUAAAUCAUUAGCAAGAGCUUUGGUUCUGUCUUCGAAGUGAGCUAGCUUAAGUCCAUUUCCGUGCCUAUAACACAGAAGCAUAGUGAGCCGAGUGUUGGGAAGCUCUCUGUUUUAUGCGGAGAGCUCUAUCUAUUUUUAAAGCAAUGUCACUUUGGUUUGUUUACACACGUCUUAAAUAGCUGUCAAGAUUACUAUUUUGUUACUCUGUGAAGUCUGUUGCUUCUUUUUCAAAUAAAAGUAAUUAUUUUGUUAAUGUUGCCAGAGUUAUUUAUAAGAAAUAGCAACUAGAGAAAUAAAGCAUUUUUGUGAAAA